UCUCUCUAAAACUCACCUUCUUUUCUCUCUCUAAAAAUAUAACUUACGAGAAAACUUAAAAAAUGAAGAGAAAAUUUGCAUCAUCAUCUUCUUCAUCUUCUCAAUGCAUCAACAACCAGCCACCCAUGAUCCCCAAAACCAGAAAGAAGAAGAAGAAACAAUUUGCUUCUACUACAGAAACUCCUGUGCCCAGAACCUCUAAUUUCAGGGGUGUUACCAAGCAUAGGAUGACUGGAAAAUUUGAAGCUCAUAUAUGGGACAAGAAAGCUGAGAACAUCAACAAGAAGGGCAAACAAGUUUAUUUGGGGGCAUAUGUUGAAGAAGAGGCCGCUGCUCGUACUCAUGAUCUUGCUGCUCUUAAGUAUUGGGGACCUGAAACCAUCCUUAAUUUUGAGGUGAAUAACUACAAAAAUGAAAUGGAAGAAAUGGAAAAGAUGUCCAAUGAAGAAUACGUAGCUUUUUUGAGAAGGAAAAGUAGUGGAUUUUCAAGAGGAACAUCCAAAUACCGAGGAGUAGCAAGGCAUCAUGGUAGUAACGGAAAGUGGGAAGCACGAAUAGGACGUGUCAAUGGAAACAAAUACGUAUACUUGGGAACUUUCGUCACAGAAGAGGAUGCUGCUAAAGCAUAUGACAAGGCAGCAAUAAAGUACCGUGGAGAAUUUGCUGUUACCAACUUUCAUAUCAGCUGUUAUUCUGAAAACAUGGAUUCUUCUCCUAUCAAAUCUGCACCAUCAAAAGAAAAUCUAGAUGAUGCCAUAACAUCCAAAGAACAAGAAGAUGAAGGGUUGUUGCUUGAGAUGCAAAAUCUCCAAUUUGAGCAAGAUAAUCCUUGGAGCUUGAGUAUGGAGUUUGGAGAUCAGUUGGAUUUAUUUAAUGAUAAUGACUCAGAGAUUUUUGUUUCAAAGGGAGACUGCAAGAAGAAGAAUGAGACUACUAUUGUUCCAAGCAUAAUCAAUUAUGCUUAUGUUUUACGCCUCCUUGUGAAACUUGAACCCAGUAAUUGGAGCCCGGGGAGCCUUUUUGUUCAAAAAGUCUUGCAAGCGUCGUCAAGGAAGACCAUUUUGACUAAAUAUCCUCCUGAUCCAAUUCUUGGGAGUGGCGUAUUGAUGACAAUGGGAAUGUGGGACCAUUUUCAUGGAGCCACAGAACUCACUAUUGCUCAAAAUGUUCCCACUAUGAAAGGAAUUCUAUGGAGCCACAAAUACUUGCUAUUGUUCAAAACUUUCCAACUAUGA